AUGGGGCAGCGUCACUCCCCAGGACAUCGCCAGGCAAUGCUUCAAGAGUUCCUCCGAUCAAGAGAAGGCAACGAGAUGAUCGGAGAUCUCUCGGAGGGACUAGAAGCCCGUCGGGAUGACCUCAUCUGUCCGGACCCGUCCCGGUGCCACCCCAGGACGCCAGAGGACCGAGCGGCCCUGCAGAGUGGAAGCGUGGUGGUCAAGGGCUUCCGCGCGAAGCUUCCACCGCAAGCCGUGUCGGAGCUCGUGGCGCUAUCUGACGAGCUGGACAUCAACGAGGUGGUGUGCGUGGACCUGUGGUCACAGGUGAACGAGCCUUGGCAGAGGCGGGCGCUGGAGAAAAGGCUGUCCGACCCGGCGGGGAGCCUGAGCGAAGACCUUCCGCUGGCCGCACGGAAGCUCUUCUACCUGGAGCGCCGCAACCUGCUCAUGUUCGAGGCGGAGCUGUUCAAGGCGGCACUGGUGGAAGACCUGUCUCCGGCGAAAAAGGCGGUGAUCGAUCGCGAGAUCUUCUCCCUCCUCGAGAAGGACCUAGCCUCCAACCUCAUGAGCUUCGUCGCCAAGCUCUUGGGCCCCGAGGGGAUACGCCGAACCACGUCCCCUUCCUCAACGGCGGCGAUGUUGGGCAGCUCUCAGGCGGGUGCCCCGACGGGACUCUUCGGUGCGGCCCCGGCGGCCACGGCGGCACCGGCGCCUGGACAGGCCGGUGGAGCGGCGGCGGCGGCGGCGGCAGCGGGUAGCAUGUCGGAAGGGGCGGCGGAGCGGCGGGAGGAGUUCAUGCUGGACUCGCUUGUCUGCGCGGUGGAAGUCUUGUUCUUCAUCUACUACUCGUACCAGAUUAAGCCGGACGAGGCGAAGCAGCUAGUGACCCUCGUCGAGACCGCGGGGCGCGAGCUCCUCGCCCUCCAGAAGACCGUCGCAGAGGCCGACGGCAUCCCACCCACCGCCACCCCCGCUACCGCUGGUGGCGGCGGGCUCCAUUACACCAACGGCCUCUCCGGCUACGGGUUCGGCCAUGGUGCUACCGCUGCCGGCGCUACCGCUGCCGCCGCCGGCGUAACGGGGUCUUUCGGGGCCUUCGGCGGCGGCGGCGGCGGCGGUGGCGAUGAGGCCGAGAGGCAUCGGGACGUGUUCCGUCUUUGCGCGGCGCUGGAGGUCACGUCCGUUCUUCUGUGCACCCUUUCCAUGGCGCUAAGUCAGAACAACGCGCUGUACAGCCGGAGUGUGCCGGGCGCAAAGAACAACGGCAGCAACGCUCUCAACGCGCUCGCGCUUGUCGUGGGCGGCGGGGGCGGUCAGCCCUUGGGUGAUGGGGACAAGGAAGUAAUCCUGCAUCUCAACAAGGAGAUCUGCUCUCGCGAGUGGGACCACUCACAGGUCCAAGGAGCGGUGAUGAUGGUGUGGGCCUCCUUCAUCGCUCCCUUCGCCUCGGGGGGGCAGACGGUCGCCGACACCGACGCCGACAAGCAGCUCCAGCAGGUCAUGGCUGCCGCCGCCGUGAACGGGGCGGUGAAGUUCUUGAGGGGGCCGGUGCUGACCGUUUUGCGUCGCCCCCCGUUUGCCGCGCGGAGCGUGGCCCCAAGACCGUUCUACCUCGAAGCGCUGUCCGGCCUGGCGGCGACCUAUGUCGGCAUCCUUCUCGACGCGAAGAGGAACUGCCGCUUCCCGUACCGGUUCAAGGAGCAGCUGGACCACCUGCGGGCGAACUGGAACCACAGCGUCAACGCCGGGGGUCCCGGGGUCGCUCCCGAGUUGUUGUCGCAGCUGAGGAAGGAGGACACGCUGGAGGACCUCAUCUUCUGGACGGGGCAGCUCUCGGAGGCGCACCCCGAGUUCGCCGAUAAGAGACUGUGGCUGGAGCGCGACGACGAAUCCCUGCCGACGUUCUUCUCGGCGAUGGCGACGCCAGUCGAGCACAGAGAUACUCUCGGUCCGCUGCUGUGCUUUCUGGGUGGGGCCGCACUCACGACACCGGAGCAGGUCCACGGCCUGAUGGAGCGCGCUGAGUGCGGCUGGAGCUUCUUCAUCCGCAACCUGGCAAGCAUAACGGAGUCGCUUCGUCCGUCCCCGCCGGCUCCACAGCUUCGGCCCCUGGGUGCCAACGGCGCGGUCUCGCGCGCGGCGGCGGCGGCGGCGGCGGGCCCUGCUCCUAUCAGGUUCUGUGGUUGA